AUGAUUCGUCCUGUUGUUCUCCAUACCGAUCCUAUCCGAUUUGCGGCCAAAGACUGGGAAAUCUUCGAAAACGAAGUCGAUGUGGAAGUCGUCCAUCUUGACAAAAGCUACUCACGUGAACAAUUCAUUGAAGAUCUUCAUGGUAAGUACUCAAACUGUGUAGCCAUCGCUAGAGGUUACUUGGCCAUCCGAAGCGUCGGUCGGUUUGACGAAGAAUUGGUGCUGCAUUUUCCUCCCUCCUUGAAAUACAUUGCACAUCAGGGUGCCGGUUAUGACCAGAACGAUGUUGCACCUAUGACUGCGAAAGGAAUCCAGUUGGCACAUUGUCCUGGUGUGGUGAACAACUCCACUGCCGACACAAACAUCUUUCUCAUGUUGCUGGCCAUGAGAAAUUUUGGUGCUGGCUCUGCAGCAUUGAAGAAAGGCUAUUGGCCCACCAAAGGAAACAGUGCUGGAGUCCUGGCAGGAAUCAACCCAGCCAACAAGGUGUUGGGUAUUGUGGGUAUGGGAGGAAUUGGUUUGGCUGUGAGGGACCGUGCCAGGGUGUUUGGCUUCGAGAAGAUAGUGUAUUAUAAUCGUUCGAGAGUUAGUGCUGACAAGGAGCAAGAUAGUGAGUACUGCGAAUCUUUGGAGAAAUUGGUGGAGGUUGCUGAUGUCAUCUCGCUUAAUAUUCCGUUGAAUUCAUCUACUCGCCAUAUCAUCAGCGAUCAACUCUUUCAAAGAAUGAAGGACGGUGUGGUGAUCGUCAAUACAGCUAGAGGUGAGGUCAUUGACGAAACUGCCUUGAUUAAACAUUUGAAAUCAGGAAAAGUCGGUGCUGCUGGUCUUGACGUGUUCGAAAACGAGCCAAGAAUUAACAUGGAGUUGCUUGAGUUUGAGAAUGUAGUUGCUACACCCCAUAUGGGUACUAAUACAGAACAGACGGUUCAUGCGAUGGAAGCACAGGUGAUCCGCAACAUUAGAGCUGGAAUUGAGACGGGGCAUGUUGAGAACUUGGUCCCUGAACAAACCGGCAAGUUUUAG